ACAUAAAUCUAUCGACUUUGUAACUGCCAACGUGAAGAUUAUUUUGAAACGGGAUCGAUAUUGUAAUAUAAAAUUCGGAAACAGGACUACAGGAAGCAGGAUAUAAUGAAAGUUUAUUUGUACUUUAUGUGCGUGAUAUACUUAAAAACCUUGUUAGGUCAGGCCAAGUUACAGGAAAUAAUGAAAAACUCUAUACUGGACUCUGACAAAAUUAGAGAAACUAAACUGAAGCGUGAAGCUAUUUUAGAUAAUGGCGGGAGCUUCUAUCACGGACCGUCUUAUAAAUAUCUGCCACCUAGUCCGGCAAUAACGGCUUACGAUAGUUAUCCCAAUCACGGUAGCAGUCACGGAUCUACAAUAUCAGGCAAUAAUUUCGACUAUUCUUCUACUUUAUCGAACGGUUAUCGGGGAAAUGGAUACGCCAGCGAUAAUAAAUUAAAUGGCGUUCAUACAGGUAGUUACGGCUACUCAAGCAAUAUGGCGAAUAAUGGCCAUGAUAGGCCAGAUUUAGGGUCUCAUGGUUACUCUGGAUACACAUUUGGUGCUCAUAAGCCUCAUACAAUAUUUAGCUCGAAUUUAAACAUUGGUCAUAUUAACGACGUUAGAGGCUUAUCCAGCGGUCCUAGUUAUACAAAAGGCUUAAACGGCUAUCUCAAAAGUGAUUACAAUACUAACUAUUAUGCCAGCAAUCCUAAAAUAACUGUCACCCAUCUCGCCGCUGGCGUUAAUCAUGUCAAUACUCAUCCAGUUCCAUCAUACGCGUCAUCAAUCAACAGUUACGGUUCGCCUCUAGCGUCAGUCGGUUACUCUUAUUCGCCAAGGUAUCAUGCACAAGCUACGCUACCAAAUGAGCCAUCUUAUGCAAUCGGCCAUAAAGGUUUAGGUCACUUUGGCGCAUUGUCAACUCACAAGUAUCAAGCUUUGAAUACCCGCAUAAUAGAAUCAGGAAAUAAAGCAGAAGUCUCCGAUUUCAAAACGUCGUUCACACCGUCCACAUUUUUAGGAACGAAAUACGAAGAUAACGACUAUGCUUAUGAUACAGCUCCGUUCGAUCAGCGUUUGUCUUCGGCGACAAAAAGUGAUCAACCGUAUGAGUAUGGCGGACAAUCACAAGCUGCUGAGGAGCACAAUUAUCAAUCCAAUGAAAAACAUGACCCACAAUCCACUUAUAUUGGCGGGCCUUCAGCUCCCAGCGAAGCGUAUUUGCCAUCCAACGUUAACUACGAUACUUCACAUCACUAAGCGAUCAAUGGAAUUCCAUUAGAAUGCAUCCCGCUCCGCCAUAUAUUAAUCAAAAGCAUAUAUAAUUUUAAUAUUAUCUCUUA